AUGUCGGAUUCUACCAAUACUGGUCAAGAUACCGCUGAUGUUGCCCUUACUGAGCAGAUGGCAGCAGGAACAUCUAUUGUGAAUUCAUCUGGAUCUAUCAAUACUAUUCAAACUACUUCUAUUGAUGCCCCCCAAUCUGGAAAUGAUGCACUUCAAUUCUCCGGGUCCGGGAAUGAUGGCCGUCAUAGGAUCCGUAGGGUUGCUCCUACUAACAGUAUUGGGCCUAUGCUUAUCGGCAGUCAUCUUGGUCUCGGAGCAUUUGGUGACCUGCUCAUUCCGUUGGCUGAUCCUCGGCAACCUAUCCAACAAUCAAACACCGCCAUCGACACUCCGAGCAGUGAUGUCCACACUUUGCAGCGUCGCAUGGCCACCCUGCGUAGGAUCCAACACGCGGCACGGACGUUCGUUAACACGGCACCUCAGCUUCAACAUCGCGGUACCUCCGACGUGUUAUCAGGGCUCCAUGAAAGCGUGCAAAGAUGGAAUCACUUUGAUACCGCUACUAUGGUUGGCGAGAUUAUGCGUGCUACUGCAGAUAUCGAGGCACUUAACUCGGCACUACUGGCCAUGAGAAUGACCGGUGCUACGGAGUCCGUGAGUACUAUGGCGUUUGAUGUUAGACAUGGAGCUCUGCUGAUAUAUAUGUUAAAGAUGCCCACUCCUACCCAGAUUAACAAUGGUGUAACCGCUGCGGCAUUCCUGGACGCAAUUGCGUCAAUGGCCACUGAGAUCGGUGUGUUUCACGAACCAGAAUCUCAUGCUUAUCAUACGGUCGUUCGGUCAGGUGGUGUCGUUCGUGUUAUUCCAGCCCACCCCCUGAACGUUAUCCAGCCUGUCGCCGCGAUGGGCCUUGCUGAUGGGUCGGCUUCCGCUAUCUCCGCAACCCGCUCAGGCCUUACUACAACCAGCGAACCAGAGAUUAUGGGUCUCUCGGACACACAGCUCACUGAACUCGAGCGGCUUCGCGUAGCGAUGGUAGCCGUGUUGUCUCUGUCUGUUGGGCGCUUCCAUAUUGUUCCUCCGACCCCAGCAAACUCCUUGUCGAACCUUUCCCCACCCCCGUCCCCACCGCCUUCAGAUUCAUCAAGCGGUUCCUCUUCGUCAAUUCCUUCUGGAUCUCGCCCAAGUACCCCGGUGAACUCCAUUAUAGAUACUGACGCGGAGCUGAUGGGAAGCCUUGAAGGCCUUCCCCAGAUGGUCGGCGUACUUAUUCUUGAGUUGGUCGUCGAGCAUAACUGGUGCUCACAGGUGAGUGCUGAGAUUGCUUGUACUCGAGCAGGAUACGUCGAGUUGGGAGAAUUGGAGGGGGAGAAUAGUACUGAAGCAAGGGCGAGAGAGGCUAUCUGGGCCCAACAAGAGGAGACUUUGAACAUUGCUCGGGAUGCCGUCCGCGCGGCCCAAGAGGACCUUUUGAACGAGGAGGGUCAAGACCAAUGGGUUGGGUGGCAGCGCGAGUAUUAUCUGAGGGCUAUCUAA